AGAUGUCGAAGACGAGCAGCCUGGUACUUGGUAGUGAUAACGCACGUAGUCGAACAAAGAAUAAUAAUUAUUAGUUUUUCUGUAUUAUGCUCAUAUUAAUCGUCCCACCAAGACACCAACACUACUUUCACUUUCAACCACCAGCGAUCAACCUCGUACAAACAGUGGCGCUCAAACAGGCGCGUUUGCUGCUGGAUCAGUCUAGUGGUGUGCAAAGGUUAUCACCGUAGGUGACCCGUCGGACUAAACGGUAUACUGGUAUAAACCGCGUAUGCCUGUAAUGUGUUGUUAUUGUUGUUGUUGUUUUAACAACUGUACACUUAUUAAUUAUUAUUAACAAUUAACAUGUCACAGCGUUAAAUAUUAAUUGUUGGAAUAUUGCAUAUUUCCCUACUCUCCUGUGAAAGUGUGAAAACGCGUCACCGCGAUCCCGUCCGGUCGUGCCGUAUUCCCCUGCCGUCCAGUCAUCUAUUAGUGUUGUCCGGCAGUGCGUUCUCGUCCGUCAGUCUCAGUCAGUCAAUGUGGUCGCGCACUGCACCACCUGCAGCCCAAACGACGGCCGUGAAAAUUAGUGUGGCGGCGGCAGCAUCGAAGGCAACAGCAACGGCAGCGGCAGCUAUGACCUCCGUACCUCGGAGGUGCCGAACGUGCGUCGCGACCAGCUGAAACCCGACACCCGCUGCGGUACGAUAUUUUACGCGACCGCCGUGCGUGUGCGUAUUCCGCGAGCGAGUACACUACGUCGGAUAAAAUAUAAUAAUAAGGACAAUACCUAUUAGUAUAUUACGACCAGUUGCAGCGGUGGCGGUUGUCGUCUCGCUCCCACCGGUGCAGUGAUACUAUCUUAGCGCGUGCUAUAUCGUCGUUCGCGGGUUUUCGUCGAACGUCGAAGCGAUAGAGGCGACGAAACACGCAAGUACCUUCUUCUGUGGUCUGCGGCUGGAGAUCGGCGAUUGUAAAGCACCCCUCAAUAUGGGCCUCCUGUUUUCAAAAAUAUGGAGUUACUUCGGCACCGAAGAGCACAAAAUUGUCAUCAUUGGCCUGGACAAUGCGGGUAAAACUACCAUAUUGUAUCAGUUCCUAAUGAAUGAAGUCGUACAUACUUCACCGACUAUUGGCUCAAACGUUGAAGAAGUUAUAUGGAACAACAUACAUUUCAUAAUGUGGGAUCUGGGUGGACAGCAGUCCCUCAGAGCUGCUUGGUCCACCUACUAUUGCAACACUGAGUUUGUGAUAGUGGUCAUUGACUCAACAGAUCGCAGUCGUCUGGAUUUGAGUCGUGAAGAACUUUAUAAAGUGUUAAACAAUGAUGAACUAUCUUCAGCUGCGAUUCUUGUUUAUGCCAACAAACAAGACAUGAAAGGUGCAUUAACUGCUGCAGAGAUCAGUAAACAUUUAAACCUGACUUCCAUUAAGAAACAACAGUGGCAUAUCCAAGCUUGUUGUGCGUUGACUGGUGAAGGAUUGUAUCAAGGGCUAGAAUGGAUAUGCAGUCAAUUGAAGAACAAAUAAACGCUUUUGUUGUUAUUAUUUUUUUAUAUGAUAAUUAAAAAAAUUCUUUUUGUAGAUAAUCAAAUGUGUAAAAAAUAUAUUAAUCAAAGUAAGUAUAAAUUAUUGAAAUAUAUUAAAAAUAAAAUGUAUAUAUAAUUUUAAAGUUAAAAUAAUUAAUAACUAUUCUGUAUAAUUUGUUUGUUUGUUUGUUUGUUUUUUUUUACAAUUUCUGGUUGAGUUGUGCUAUU